CCUACAGAACUCUACUAAAUGAGCCCAGCAAGAAGGUUCCAUUAGUCCAAAAGAUGGCGGCAUGUCAUCAGUGCUGUGCUGUGCUGAGAGUCUGAACAUCACAAGACUUAAGAAAUAACAUCAAACUGCAGCCAAGCCAAAUCUAAUUAGUAUAGAAACACAAGUUACCAGUAACAAGUUUAAAGCUGACCUAGAUGUAGCAGUGUAUACAAGCAACCUUGCCAAGUCUACCCAAAGAAGAAAGAAGCACAACGUAACCCAAAAGAAUUAUUGUACCCAGGAAACAGUUGCUACCCUCUAGUGGUGAACAAAGCAUUGCACACAACGGCUGCUGCAUUAUUGGCACUUAAAGCACGGCACAAGCAUCUGAGUGACAUCUGAGGACCAACACCCCCCCACACAGUCACUAUAUACUGCCAAAUCACCACUACCACCACUACUACUAUUAUUAUAACUGCUACUACUAAUACUUCCACCACUACUACUAUACCUUCAAAUACUAUCACUAUAAUUUUUUUUUAUAUAUAUGUACACACUUUCUGGCACAAAAGAAAACAAAAAGAAACUAGUAUAUGACAACUGUGCUCUUUCACACAGUUAUCGCCCUCUUCCCUCAGUCCCUUGCCCUUUCUUCCUUCUCUAUAUAACUUGAGCAUUUCUGAACCAGUCUCGUCGCAAGAAUCUGUGUUAAGUAGGAAUCUUUGUUGACCUAAGUCUCUGUGCAUUAGUCACUUUGUUCACAAGAAGUAUUAGUGACUUAUGGUCAAUUAGAUAUUUUAUCCUUAUUUUUUUAGUUUCCCGUGUCCAUUGACAGCUGUACAAAACGUGUAUGGAAAUUCCCCAUUUCUUGUUUUUUUUUUCAUCUUCAUCUACUUGAAGGACAUAAAUCAAAGAAGUAACAAAACUCAACAAUUAGGUGUAUUACAUCUUAGAUAUAUUACUGCUGUGAAGUGAAUGUGUGGUCUUGUCACUCUCCGUCACCACAAGUUAAAGGCAACAUAGCUGCGAUCUUACAUAUUAAAGACAACCAAGUACUAACAUCAACACCCACAACAAUGGAUCCUCAGUGGAAUCUUUUCCAGCCGCCUAUCUCUGAACCCGCAGUACUGGAUUAUAAUGGAGGCAGCUUGCAACACCACAACAGAUACAAUGGCUUUUAUGACCCUCCUUUGUCUAGCCACCACCAGUCCCGAAACUCCAUGACUCCCAUGUCCCCGAAUUUUAUGUGUGCCCCUGCCCCAACGCAACACAACGUCUAUUCCUCUCCCCACAUGAAUAGCCACUCAACCACACAGUCCAGUCAGGCCAUGCAUCAAUCCAACAACCACACCCAACCUCCUGCAUCCCAGCAACAACAACAGCAACAGCAGCAGCAGCAACAACAACAACCACCCCCACCACCCCCACAGUCUCAGGGACCCCCAAGAUCCCCACAGCUAAACAGUUCCUCCUCCAACUACUACAACACCAACUCAAGUAGCCAGUAUACUCCCCCUGUGGCAGAUUUCAAAAUUGGCACCUUCACACUCAAUGCCAAUGGAUUUCCUACUGAGUCUAAUGGACAGGAGUCUAGCUCUUCAUACACACAGAGCAAUGGAAUGUCAAGCAACAACAGCCAGAAUGUCCGGGAGACUGGCAUUAUUGAGAAGUUGCUGCAAACCUAUGGCUUCAUCCAAUGUUGUGAGCGCCAGGCACGACUCUUCUUCCAUUUCUCCCAGUUUGAUGGCAACACGGAGCAUCUGCGUAUUGGUGACCCUGUCGAGUUUGAGGUGACCUUUGACCGACGCACAGGCAAGCCCAUUGCCUCUGCUGUCACCAAGAUUUCACCGGAGGUGGUGCUGAGUGAGGAACGGGUGAUCGGCAUUGUGACCACUGAGCUGCGUAGUGAGAGUGGGGGUGAGCACCAAGGUCGCAUCACCUAUGAGAACCGAGGCGAGUGUUUCUUCCUUCCCUAUGGCAAGGAGGAUGUUGAAGGUUAUGUUAUCCUCAAGCCUGGAGACAAGGUCAGCUUCCAGAUCGCCACUAACCAGAGGACUGGCAAUCUGGCAGCCCGACACGUGCGCUUGGAAAACCCUGCCCAACCAGUUAAGUAUCAGGGUGUUGUCAGCACCAUCAAGGACUCAUAUGGCUUCAUUGAGCGUGCUGAUGUUGUGGAUGAAAUUUUCUUCCAUUUCUCUGAGGCCAAGAACAUCCCUGGUGGACUUAAGCUGGGUGACGAUGUAGAGUUCUUCAUUCAGACUCGAAAUGGAAAGGAAGUGGCAACCAAUAUGGUGAAGUUGAACCCUGGCACUGUCGUCUUUGAGGACAUCAACCAGGAGCUGAUGAAGGGACAGGUGCUAAAGCCAGUUGAGAGGAACCCACGACACAAUCAGAAGGACCCUCUGACUGGCCGUAUCCGCUAUCGUGGGAAAGACCGCUCUGAGGUUGAAGUAAAGUUUGGAGAACGUGACCAGAAGGGAGACUUCACACUGCGUCAUGGAGACUGGGUGCAGUUCAAUAUUGCAACUGAUCGUCGUGACCAUCUCCAGAAGGCCACAAACAUCUCCCUGAUGGAUGACAGCUUCAAUGUGUCAGGUGAGAAGCGUGAGCACGGGGUGAUUGCCGCACUUAAGGAUGGCUAUGGAUUCAUCAAGUGUGCUGACCGGGAUGCCCGCCUGUUCUUCCACUACAGUGAACUACUGGACCCUGAGCAUGAGAUUUCUGUCAAUGAUGAAGUCAUGUUCACAGUAGCCCAGGACACCACAAACCAGUCCCCGAACCGACAGAGUGCCAUCCGUAUUCACCGUGUAAACUCUGGCACGGUCAAGUUUGAAGUGCUAGUCACCGAGGGAGUUCAGGGACAUGUUGUUAUUGAGGCCCCAUCCACCCCAAGGAGCCCUAGCAAAACCAAUGGGAGAUCUUCACCCACAGAGAAGCAAGAGGAGCCUGGUGUUAUCUCCCACAGUCAGGAUGGAGUGAAGCAGACUAUCAACUACUAUGCCAAACACUGUGAUAGACCCGUGCAGGUGGGGGAUAAGGUGGAGUUCAAUAUCUACAAAGUCAAGCGCACCAAGGAGCUCAUAGCAAUGGGGGUGAGGUUGUUGCGCGUUAAUUCAAACCCCCGGCAGUCCACCAACACCCUCACUUCUACUCCGGGGAUGGUGCCUUCCCGAGCCGUCCUCUCCACCAGUCCCAGCUCCACCUCAAACAGCAACUCUCACAACAACCUCAGCAACAACAAUAGCUUCAGUAAUAGCAAUAAUGGCAGCACCACCACCACCACCAGCUUGAGCAAUAGUCACAGCAGCACUAAUGGAAACAGCAGCACCACCAAUGGUAACAAGAUGAACAAUGGUGCUCACCGAUCCUCAGCCACUGUGCACCAGGGUUUUGUGGCAGCUCUGAAAGAUACAUUUGGCUUCAUUGAAACCAUUGACCAUGACAAGGAGAUUUUCUUCCACUUCAGCAAUGUGGAAGGGGAUGCAGGGAACCUUGAACUUGGUCAGGAAGUGGAGUACACGUUGUCUUCACGUACUGGUCCUGGAGGCAAGGUAUCAGCUGAAAAUGUCCGCCUGCUUGCUAAAGGCACCUUGCCCAUGCCAAAAGUGCUGAGUGAAAUGUUUGAAGGCACAGUGCUUCGGUCCAUGCGCUCCAUCAACCCAGACCAAGAAGAAUACAGUGGCCUAGUGUGCCUGGGAAAUGAAAAUGAUGGUUUGGCUCAGUAUGAAUUUGGUAUCACAGGACUAGUCAACAAAAGAGAACUGCUCCAGCCAUCAGACCAAGUCACUUUCCAGCUAGAUGAGUCUCACAGGGCUGUACUUAUUAGGGCCAUCCGCAAAAAACUAAUUGCCAGUGUUGAUGCUGUAAAGGGUCAGUAUGGCUUCCUUAACUAUGAGACGGAGGAAGGUAAGAAGCUGUUCUUCCACCAGUCAGAAGUUAAGGAUGGCAACUCUCUGAGCCCUGGUGAUGAGGUUGAGUUUGUCAUUAUUACCAACCAGAAAACAGGGAAGUCCUCUGCCUGCAGCAUCUCUCGUAUCAUGUCCAAGAAUACCCCAACCCAGCGCCCUGACCGCCUCAUCAGCCGACUCAAGAACCUCAACUGUGACACCAGCAAGCCACGGAUGACAGUCUUGCGCCAACCCAAGGGUCCAGAUGGUUCAAAGGGCUUCAAGCUGCAGCGCACUGUGCCUGUGUCUGAGGCUGAUGUGGUGGUGGAACAGUGAGUCGCUCUCCUCCCGUGUUCCUUCUUUAUUGUAAAAGUUAUCAAGAAAGCCUUGUCUACUAGUUAUAAAUUCUCAUGUAUGUAAUUUAACUCUCUUGCUAGUCAUUGCUGACAAAAUUCCUUUUUUUUUUUUUUUUUCAUUCCUAAAAUUCAACAGGUUUGCAUGCAACCAAUAAUAUGUAAUUUCAGGUGGGAGCCAUAAGCCCCUAAUUAUGACAACUUCUACAUAAGUCUGUCAGUAUAUAUAUUUAAAAAAAAAGAAACUCGGAGCAACUCUUGCAAAGCUGCAAAUAAAGAAAGAAGCACCUUCUCUUAACUUGAACGAUGAGUUGAUGAUGACAACGACUUAAAGCAUAAACAAAUAUUGUGGUGUUGUGGCGAAAGGGCUUCAAUAUUUUGUGGUGUUGUGGGUGAAGGGCUCAGAGAAACCAGUGCAAUGCCACAUUGUAAUCCAGUAUUGCUGAUAUUGUUGGAGUGAGUGUAACGAAUGUGUUCGCAACAAGUUUUCCUAUGAAGAGGCCACUUAGGGUGAUAGUUUUCCCUUCCCCCAUGCUUUUGUUGCUUGCUGAACAUCUUUAUAUAUAGUUUUAAUAAUGCUUUGUAAUAGGUUAGCUUUCCAUUUUCCAUAUUUUAUCUACUUUCCUUUUCAAAUGAUAGCCUGUAACUAUUAUCAUGGUGGAGAGUGAGUGAGUUAGGCCACAAAGAUCAAACGAAUGUUGAUCUAGUAUCUGUUGUCAAACUUGUGACCCUGAGCUCAACUCUCCUUAUUUUGACCCUCCAAAUGUAGCCAACUUUCUGUUACAACUGAAAGAACAGAGGCACAUCUUGAUGUGUAUAUGGUUUAUUGACAAUUGUUUUUUCCUCCCUCAUAUCAGGUCUUUAUUAGUGAAUGUAAACACUACUUAAUCACCUUGCUUAAUAAGACUUCAGUGUGUUGUUAAUUAGUAGUAGUAGUAGAAGUAGUAGUACUAGCAGUAGUAAUGAGAGAGAGAGAGAGAGAGAGAGAGAGAGAGAGAGAGAGAGAGAGAGAGAGAGAGAGAGAGAGAGAGAGAGAGAGAGAGAGAGAGAGAGAGAGAGAGAGAGAGAGAGAGAGAGAGAGAGAGAGAGAGAGAGAGAGAGAGAGAGAGAGAGAGAGAGAGAGAGAGAGAGAGAGAGGACAUAGCAGUCAUCAGGUGUAUACAAGUGAUGACAGGUCUUGCUCUCCUUGAAUAUGUUGGCCCAUCAGAAGACAGAGCACUUACGACUGGGCAAUUAAUUCCUAGACAUAUGUGAUAGCUGUAGGGAUGUUUCUUGCUCUAUUUUAUGAGUAUGCCAUAUGUAGACUGUUGAAUCUUAAGUUUAGAUCAGGUCUGUGUGGCAAACAGGAAGUCACAACAUUGUUGUACUGAGGUAUCUAAGAGAGCAGGUUGAGGCCUUGUCUUGGGGCUGAUGGGGGCUGUAACAGGGAACAUAUUUGACCCCCUCCCGGAGAUGACUGCUGCAACAUACUGUAACUAGUGGUAUCACCAGAGAAGUAAAAUAUCCUUAUUAUUAGUAAUGAGUUCAGAGAAGUGACUCUUUAGGUUAGUUUAGCCAAUAUAUCCAAGAAGACCAAGGUGCUGCCAACAGUGACUAGAGCAACAGUUUUGAGAUUGCAAUAUUAAGUUUUGAAAACACUCUUCAACUUAAGUUUAAAACUUUGAAGGAAAGCCUCUGUAGGGCAGAAAGACAAGUUUUUGAAUGAUUUUAGUGUAUUAAAGAUACUUCAAGAAAUGGCUGUAAUUCAAGAAGUAUUGCCAUUGUAUAGAUUUAUUUUAGUUUCAUAUUACAAUUCAGAAUAUAAUUAUCUGAUUGCUGAAACACCUCAAAAUUGCUGCUCUUAAACUUGAGAAAAUAAUGAUAGACUGCAAAUGAGUUUCCAUAAUUAUACCUCAACUAUAAGGCUGUGUUCAAGUCUGUGAUCCCACGCAACUAAGAGGGAUAAAUACGCAAAGUGGCGUGUUUAUACAUAGAUGCACUUGAAGGUACUGUUGUGUUAACAAUGUUUUAUCUUGUCUGUGACAGUGCAUAAAUAUAAGCCCAGUGACUCUUCAUAUGUGAGACCUACCCCUUUGCAUAAAUAAAAUAUCAUUUCACAACCACUCCAAAAUCCAGUCCAUGUGUGAAUGCUGGUAACCCUCACUUUCAUAUUGCUUUAGGGAGGGUAUCUAGAGCUAAGAACCUGAAGGCUACUGCAGACAUACAUACCCAUUACCUUUCUCCUCCCUUCCUGUUCCAUUUCCCUUUCCCAUUGACUACUAUUGUUUUUGGAGCAUGUUGAGGAUGGGCGAGUUUAACAUGCUUGAUGGUGCUUAGGAUACAGUGACUAUAUAUUGCCUGUAAACUAUGGAACCGAGACCUUGCUUGUUUAUAGUGAGUCUGCUCGGGCAUAUCCUUUGCUGUCCAGCAAGUCGAGAUAAGAAUGUGAUGUAAGCAACAUUAGAGAUGAUAGAGACAAAGAUGGUUGUGCUCAUGUGUAUGUUGCUGCCAAACUCUGUCCAGCAACAAGAAUGAUUUUUCAAAGAGAAAAGAUAAUUGUUAGCAAGGCAUGUCAUCUCCAAAACGGCUGACAGGCUACACUGAAAAUUUUCUAUGCUUGAUUUCCUAUAUGAUACAUACUAAAACAACUAGGUGUAGGAUUUAGAACUUUGUUUUCUUAACAGUGUAAUGCUGCUCCUUAUUCUCUAUAGUAUAAUUGUAACAUCAGGUGUGGUUCUGCAUUGCCAUAGGUUAUGUUAACUAGGGAUUGAGGGAGGAGAAUUGCAUGUCCUUGGCUGGCAGGGAGUAGUGAUGGAGGCUUCAAGCUCUGUUUACUCAUGGAUUUAAAACUUUCAGAAGAAAUAAUCAAAAUUUUAAGUGAACUUCAAGCUUUUUGGUGUAUGUAACUUUUUUAUUUAUAAUUUUGGAAUCAGUCAUAACUGACAUGUAUGUUAUUUAAAGGGUGUAAUGUCCAAUAAAACUCACUGUGUCUUCUUAAUUGUGCCAUGAAUAUACUCUUCAUAAUAUAAACCAUUUAAGAGAUUAUGCUGUAAUGUUAGAAUUCCAACAGUUUCUCGUCCUUAGAGAGAAGAUUCAUUAUUGCCAGUCUGUACAAUGCAAUUCUGAAUGUUCAUCAAAAGGCUUUUUGAGUUUUGUACCCCAGGAGAUAUGGGUUACAAAUUUUGAUUUAUACUGUCAAGUACUCUACCAGCUUUAUUUAGUUUUCAAUUUAUUUUUUCUAAAACUGGUUGUGAGCUCUUUGAAAGUGUAAAGUUGUAACUCAAGAAAUUCCCUUGAGAGUUAUCUAUAAAUGCUGAAUAGCCUUACUAUGUGCAUAUCAGGUGAAUGAUUUUUGUCUGGGGGAUGAGCCUCCACUACCCAACAGGAAGCCUCGGCCUCCUCCUCCGCCAACACAGAGAGGAGUGCCAUAGUUGCUUCCUCCACUGGUUCAAAGACUCUGGCACAGGUGACAUGGCCUGAGCUGUGAUUCUAGGUCAGGCUGUCAUCCCUUGAACACAAAUUGUCUUGCCUCACCUCAUAAUUUUUUGUUGUUGUUUUGUCAAGUGGCAUUUUAUGGUAAUGUAAAAAAAAAUAAUACACCAAAGUUUUUGUAUAGUCAUAGUAGCCACCAGUAUGAAUGAAAAAUUAGAAAGGGUUUUGCUGUGAGAUUGAAUUAGUUUUAUGAUUCAUUUGACCAUAUUAUAAAGUCUUAUGCCUAGUAUUAGUAUUAUUUUGUCAUAUAUGCAAUCCAUGUAUGAAAAUGCUGUAGGAUAUUUUUUUCCCCCCUUUUUUUUAUGUCCUGACUAAAGCCAAGAAUUUUUAUGCUGGAACUGACAGAAAAAGAUUGUCAAGACUAGACACAACGUAACUGAUAAUUCUAAGAGGAACAAAGUCUGAUCUUGUGUAAGAAAAUUAUGUGUUAAGAUAACUAGAUUGUUCUGUGCUACAGACCUGAGGCUGUUGAACUGCUCAUAAUAAUGUUCCCUAUGACAACCUCACAUUUGUGGCAUUAUUUAUAAGCUGCCUAGUAACAAAAAGCUACAGGAAAACUGGCUUUCCAACUCAUGUUGAUCAUGAUUGUCUUUGAAAGCUACUUGUAAAAAAAAAAAAGCUCAAAAUGACAAAAUGCAAAAAACUACAUUGUAUGUGUGCUUCUGUAUACAACCUUUGUUUGUUUCAUUAUCACGCUAAGGGGCCUCAAUGCUUAUGGUAACAGGAAUGGAGAAUGAUGACUAAAGUUUUGUAUCAACUCAAAAAAAAAAAGUAAUAAAAAUAUGCAAAUCUUA